AAACAUGCUUAAAUUUUUCUUAUAUAAUAUCGCGUGGAAAUAAUUUUCUUCCCUUCCCUUGUGUUAAUCAUCAUACAUAUCACAGGUAAAAAGAUCAAGCUCCAAACAUUGUCAAGCUCAGAGUGGGCAGCAUGUGGAGGAACUCGGUAGGUUGUUUCUCUUCCAAACUCCUCACCUCCAAAUCCUCUUCCUCUACUCGUAUUCCUUUACUUCGUCAUGGUGGCGUUGUUACCCGAUCCACUUCUACAGCCGCCGGACCAGAGUCUACUCACCCCGCGGGUUCAGUAAAGGUAGGUUUGGAGUGGGUCCGAACCGGAUCUCCCGGUUCUUCAGCGGUGGAUCUUUCAUCUUUUGCGGCUGCAACUGGUUGUUUCAAAGGUAGGGAUGUUGUCGACAUGGCUAAGCAUUACGGCAGGUGUUAUUCCGAGCUUUCUAAAGCUCGCUUAAGCAUGCUUGUAGUUGCAACCUCUGGCACUGGAUAUAUCCUUGGGAGCGGUAGUGCCAUUGACUACAUGGGACUUUGCUGCACAUGUGCUGGCACAAUGAUGGUUGCGGCAUCAGCUAGCACAUUAAAUCAGGUGUUCGAGGUGAAAAAUGAUGCUAAGAUGAACAGAACUAAGAAAAGACCAUUGCCAUCAGGACGAAUCAGUAUACCGCAUGCAGUAACGUGGGCAUCUUCUGUUGGCAUUGUGGGCACUGCUUUACUGGCUAGCAAGGCUAAUAUGUUGGCAGCUGGCCUUGGUGCUUCUAAUCUUGUGUUGUAUGCAUUUUUAUACACACCACUAAAGCAGAUACAUCCAAUAAAUACAUGGGUCGGCGCAAUUGUUGGUGCUAUUCCCCCCCUGCUUGGGUGGGCUGCAGCUUCUGGUCAGGUGUCUCUCAAUGGAAUGCUCCUCCCAGCUGCUCUGUAUUUUUGGCAGAUACCCCAUUUCAUGGCGCUAGCAUACAUGUGCCGUAAAGAUUAUGCCGACGGAGGGUUCAGAAUGUUCUCUCUUGCUGAUGCUUCCGGUCAGAGGACGGCCUCUGUAGCCUUGAGAAAUUGCCUAUAUCUACUACCAUUGGGUUACCUAGCCUAUGAUUGGGGUUUGACAUCUGGGUGGUUUUGCCUGGAAUCGACACUUCUUGCUCUGGCAAUCAGCGGUACGGCAAUGUCAUUCUACCUGAACCGUACAACUAAAGAUGCUAGGAGAAUGUUCCAUGCCAGCCUUCUUUAUCUUCCUGUAUUUAUGUCUGGGCUUUUAGUUCAUCGUGUAACUGAGAGUGAGCAGCAAAUGACUAUGGAAAACACAGAUAAGAUUGUCGAGAUGUUGCCUUCAUUGGGAACUACAGAAGAGACACCAGAAGAAAAAAGGAUGAAGCAGAUGGGCGGAAAUGGUCAACGUCGGUCACCUGUAGCAUAUGCCUCAGUUGCUCCAUUUCCUUUCUUGCCAGCUCCUUCAUAUGCCGAGUUUUAAGUUAAUUCCAAUUUUGUUGUUUUACUACUGUAAUAAAAAUGGGAAGAGAAUUACCCCUUUAUAUAGGUUUAUUUGAUGAUAUACUCGAUAAAGGUUUAAGUAUCCCAGGAUGUGGGAUGUCUAAGGGAUUGGUUUCAUCUAUUAUAUUGUUUGGUCCACAAGUCUUUCAGCAGAUGAUGUAUAUGGAUCAAUGUUGUAUCCUUAAUUCGGUGAUCGUGGAGAUUCUUUUUACAUGGUUGGCAUUAAUAUUCAUAUUCGUACCCGAUCCUUCGUAAUCUGGGUUUUACUUCA